AUGAACAAGAAGAAUGCUUCUUCGACUGUCCGGGACCCGAUAGCGCGCAAGAUCAAGAGACUCGAAAGCGAAGUUGCCGGAUGGCCCUCGACCUACGAGACCGAGUUGAAGCGCUGGCUUCUUUCUCAGCCGUCUGUUGCUAAUGGAACGGCCGGAACGACCUUGCCCCAGGAGAUUAAGAACGAGAUUUCCAAGUAUCUCCAGACGAAACGCAUUAAGCAGAUUGAAGACGAGGUCAUGAAGAAGCAGAAAUAA